GGCCGCGGCGGGCGGGGCGCGGCCGGGCGGCGCCGGCGGCAGCGGGCGGAGGAGAUUUUAGAAGCUUCCUCCAGAAUCAGAUUGUGGACAUAAAGUGAUGAGAAGAGUCGUUAAAAGCGGAAUGCUUAUUAGCAUCUGAGAAUAUUUUAGAGCUACUGUGUAGACAAGAGUUAAUUGAUGCCAUUAUGUGUGCCUCGACCAAAUAUAACACCCGGGGUCCAGCCCUCAUCCCAAGGAUGAAAACCAAGCAUCGCAUCUAUUACAUCACUCUCUUUUCCAUAGUUCUGCUUGGCCUAAUUGCCACAGGAAUGUUCCAGUUCUGGCCUCACUCCAUUGAAUCAUCCAGUGACUGGACCGUUGAAAAACGUAGCGUCCAUGAUGUGCCCGUGGUCAAGCUUCCUGCUGAUAGCCCCAUUCCUGAGCGGGGAGACCUCAGCUGCAGGAUGCACACCUGCUUCGAUGUCUACAGAUGUGGCUUCAAUCCCAAGAACAAAAUCAAAGUGUACAUCUAUUCACUGAAAAAGUAUGUGGAUGAAUAUGGGACGUUGGUGAGCAACACCAUUUCCAGGGAGUACAACGAGCUGCUGACGGCCAUCUCUGACAGUGAGUUCUACACGGACGAUGUCAACCGGGCCUGCCUUUUUGUGCCAUCCAUAGAUGUCCUCAAUCAGAACGCCCUCCGUAUCAAAGAGACAGCCCAGGCUUUGGCACAGUUAUCCAGGUGGGAUCGAGGCACAAAUCAUUUGCUCUUCAAUAUGCUGCCUGGAGGGCCACCAGAUUAUAACACCGCCCUAGAUGUUCCUAGAGAUAGAGCUCUCUUGGCUGGUGGAGGCUUCUCCACUUGGACUUACCGGCAAGGCUACGAUGUCAGUAUUCCUGUUUACAGUCCGUUGUCAGGAGAAGUUGAUCUACCAGAAAGAGGACCAGGCCCUCGCAGGUAUUUCAUUCUGUCAUCUCAAAUGGCUCUGCACCCAGAAUACCGCUUGGAGUUGGAGGCUCUGCAGGCUGAGAAUGGGGACUCGGUGCUGGUCCUGGACAAAUGCACAAACCUGUCAGAUGGGGUCCCUGCUGUGCGCAAACGCUGCUACAAGAAUCAAGUCUUUGAUUAUCCCCAGGUGCUUCAGGAGUCUACGUUCUGUGUUGUUCUACGUGGAGCCCGCCUGGGCCAGGCUGUGCUGAGUGAUGUUCUUCAAGCUGGCUGUGUCCCAGUCAUCAUUGCUGACUCCUACAUUUUGCCUUUCUCUGAGGUCCUGGACUGGAAGAGGGCCUCUGUUGUCAUCCCUGAAGAGAAGAUGCCUGAAAUGUACAGUAUUCUGCAAAGUAUCCCCCAGCGACAGAUUGAAGAGAUGCAAAGACAGGCAAGGUGGUUCUGGGAAGCAUAUUUUCGAUCAAUGAAAGCAAUUGCUCUCGCUACUCUUCAGAUUAUCAAUGAUAGAAUUUACCCAUAUGCUGCCAUUUCUUAUGAAGAAUGGAAUGAUCCCCCAGCUGUGAAAUGGAGCAGUGUGAGCAACCCACUCUUCCUUCCACUGAUCCCACCUCAGUCCCAAGGUUUCACAGCCGUGGUUCUGACCUAUGACCGAGUGGAGAGCCUUUUCCGAGUUAUCACCGAGGUGUCUAAGGUGCCCAGUCUGUCUAAAUUGUUGGUAGUCUGGAACAACCAGAACAAGAAUCCGCCAGAAGAUUCCCUCUGGCCAAAGAUUCGUGUUCCCCUGAAAGUUGUUAGGACUGCAGAAAACAAACUUAGCAAUCGCUUUUUCCCUUAUGAUGAGAUUGAAACAGAAGCAGUGCUGGCUAUUGAUGAUGAUAUCAUUAUGCUAACCUCAGAUGAACUCCAGUUUGGCUAUGAGGUCUGGCGUGAGUUCCCUGACAGGUUGGUUGGAUAUCCAGGUCGCCUGCACCUUUGGGACCAUGAGAUGAACAAAUGGAAAUAUGAAUCAGAAUGGACCAAUGAAGUCUCAAUGGUGCUUACUGGGGCAGCCUUUUAUCACAAGUAUUUCAACUAUCUUUACACCUAUAAGAUGCCUGGAGACAUCAAGAAUUGGGUGGAUGCUCAUAUGAACUGUGAAGAUAUUGCCAUGAAUUUUCUAGUAGCAAAUGUCACUGGCAAAUCAGUUAUUAAGGUGACCCCACGAAAGAAGUUCAAAUGUCCAGAAUGCACAGCAAUUGAUGGGUUAUCACUGGACCAGACACACAUGGUGGAAAGAUCUGAAUGCAUCAAUAAGUUUGCCUCUGUCUUUGGGACCAUGCCUCUCAAAGUGGUGGAGCAUCGUGCUGACCCCGUCCUGUACAAAGAUGACUUUCCUGAGAAACUGAAGAGCUUCCCCAAUAUUGGCAGCUUGUAAAGAGUGAGACAAACCUCCGUGAGGAAAACGACAGAUGAAAAGGUGCUAUGAGGAAUAUAAGGCCCCGAAGACAAAACUUGCUAGAGUGAGUUGCAUCUGAGAGAGAUGGGAAUUAAUGUUGUCUUCCUUUUACAUGGCACAAAGAUGUAAUUGAACUCUGAACAACUGCUUCUCUGUUGCUCACAGAGAAUUGAAUCUAUUUGUGGGUUCUCCAAAAAAUGUCAAACACACACUUCUGUCCAAAGGAGGCUAUGUACCUGAAGAAUAAAACAAUCUUGCUCUCUGUGGUCUGACUCGCAUGACUGACCUCUUCUAUCAAAUGUGCUGCAGGCUCUCUGGUUAGUGAGCAUCCAUCCAUUCAAAGCAACUGUCUGCAAUGUAGAGCUGUUGUAUUUUGGGAGGAGUUUAUUUCCUGUGUGGCUGGUGGGCCUCUGUCUUUUGAGCAUUAACUGUUGUCUUAAGUAACUGUUUAACAAAUAUUUUCUUCUGUAAUAUGAUACAAAUGUUUAUUUUUUUUUACAACAUCACAAACAAAAAUCUGUCUGUUUUCACCUAGUUUAAAGAGCAAAGCAAUUUUUGUUACUUAAAUUAUUUUGAUGGAGAUGGAGACACAGCAACCAGGAGGAUACUCUCCUUCAAAGCAGAGACCUGCAGGACAGAACUACAAUUGCUGCACUUCCUGUGUAAAUCUCAGGUUUUCUGCUGCACUCAUGCAAAAGACUCUGACUCUCUAUCAAACUAUUUGUAUUAUACAGAAAAUUAUUGGUCUUUAGUCUUCUUAUAUUUUUUAUCUUCAUUAUAAAACCAGCAAUCAAGUUACACUUUUACAUUGUAGCCAUCCAUAGGGAUGAAGUAUGAAAUAAGUUUGAAUCCUCUUCAGCAAGCAGUCUGCUAAUUUGUAAAGUACCUCUAUUUGCAGAAAUUCCCAGUUCCAGCUUCAGUGUACAGGUACAUGUAAGACACUGUUAAAGCACACUUACAAAGUCCUGUAAGUUACCAUUGUUAGAAAAGCUAUUGUGUCUUUGCUUGUAAUUUAAGGGACACAUUGCCACAGGCUGAAACAUACAACUUAGGAAGCCUUUUGGAGAAGAUUUACAUUUCUUAGGAGCAUUUGAAUUGUUUCUCCAUACUGAAAUGAACCUGAAUGAGAAAAUCAAAUGCAAAAUUAGAAAUAAAGUUGCCUGGACUGUUACUCUUGCCUUUCAGUGUUACUGAGGGUCCUAAGUUGGACUGAGAAAGCAAUCUCUUUUCUAGCUCUACUGAUGAAAUGUUUGUUAGUAGAUAAGUGUGACUCUCUUUUGAAACCUCUGUUGCUACUGGUUACAGACACAUCCUACUUGAUGGGCUGUUUUUUCUGCUACAGUGCAAGCAACCUUAUUCCUCAGAUUUGCCAAACCCCAAACAAUAGGACAAGUGUUAGACAUCAUGGUUCACCCCCUCUCCUAAACUGGAUAUGCAGCAAUGACAGAAACCAAAUGAAAGUCAGGCUAGAAACAGGAAACAUCUGCUCCUAUUUGUCUCACCCCCACUAAGACUUAUCUUAUUGCCCAAUGCUGUGGAUGUGCUGUGAAUAAAAAUCAUAUUGGAACAAUAGCUUUGAGGGGAUGCUUCACUUCAUAACCUCCCUGGGAUGUGCCUGUAAACUGUAUCAUCUGACUCUCUGGGAGUGUUUAAUUACUAAUAAAUGGUUUUUGCUGCACUCUUUGUUUCAUUCCUGAGUUGGUAUGGGAACUAAAAGGAUAGCUGUUGCAGUGACAACUGCUGUCUGCACAGUGGCUAUCACAAGAGAAAGGAAGGUUUGUUACUCAUUAUAUCUCCUUUGCAGCCCUUCAGGUUUAUUAACAUGAACCUUCUUUUCGACUCUUUCUGUUGAUUUAUAUGCUGGUGCUGGAGCAUCAGGAGAUACCAGUAUAUUUCCCUUGAGAAGUUUGCUUUAAAAGGGUAGCUGUAACAGUGCAGUAGUCAAUUUUAGCUGUCCUUUUGGAGCUGAUCUCAGCUUGGCAGGCCCUAGCAGUUUAACUGAGUUAUAACUCCUUCCUUACAGAGUUGUGAAGCUGCUGUGAUUUUUUGAUUCUUUCUCAGUAAGCCAGUAAAAGGUUCAUUUUGCACAGAAUCUUAAAAGACACUGAAGAUUUGAAAUACAUGGUUGAAUAUUUUUAGAUGUAGACAGCCAAACCAGUCCUGCUAAGCUGAGAUAUAAUCUCCAGUCAGUAAAAAGGUAACCUGUCCUUGUGUCUGCAUCCAGGAGCAUCUGAGUAGCUUCCCCUUGCACAAAAUGUCCAGUGACCCCUAACAAUUAUGUUUUAUCCUUUGGCCUUUUACAGUUGCUUUUAUAGGGCUAGCUCAUUUACAACCCCAUUUGUCUCUGUUUAGUGCCAUGGAGAAAAUUGGGCAAUUGACCAUAAAGAAAAAUUGUAAAAUUGCCUACAUACUUGCUCUCUGCAUUUAUUAUUGUGAUGUUCUUGAUGCAAAUUCUGUAAAGGUAAGCUGCAAUUGUGUGUCUUAUUUACAAUGGAGUUUUUGUCAAUCUUUAAGAUAAUUUUUAACUUUUCAUUGUAUAUAUGAUAUCCAAAAAAACUUGAUAAUUGUAUAUUAAAAAUCAAAUCACAUGAGUGUUUAUUGUAUUUCACUUCUGGAGUGGCACAAGGAAACAUGAAUUAAUUCAGAAGGGACAACUUCAGUAACAAGCUCUUUUACUACAUAAAUCUGUGUUAAACUUGAAUAUCCACAAUGCACUUCAGUAAGAUCUGCCAAUAUUUUGUCUUUCCCAUAACUGGAGUUUGAUGGUUGUCUUGCAAACAGAAGUUUGGUCUGCAUCCCAGUCACCUUUUGGGGAGAGUAGUUGUUACUCUAAUUUUCUGCCAAGAUUUGACAAUAGCAUUUAUCUUGGAGAAAUAUGGAACAGAUCUUUUUUUCUUUCGUUUUUUCUUUGCAAAGAGAUACAGCAGAUGUUAAAUAACUGUACUUUUGAGAAGAGCUCUUUGGCUGAGUCACUGAGAUUGUGGAAUCCAAUGUGGUGUCAGCUUUUUGCUUCCAGAAGCCCUGUGGAUCAUGCUGCAGAAGGGCAGUGUGUGCAUGGCACACCUUGCUGCUUGUGCAUAGCAAGGGGGAAUGUGCUGCAGGGGCUGCUCUGCCAGUCAUGAGGAGUCCUAAGGGUGCAUUUUUAGCACCACUAGCUAUUCCUACAUUGCAAGAGCUUUUCCUUCCUCACGGCUCCACCAUCAUUUUACAGGCUGUGAAGAUUCAGGUCCUGAUGUUCUGAAUGACUCUGUCCUUCCAUCUCUAGCUCCUGCUCUGGAACCUCCUGCCAUCCGUCAUGCUUCCGCUGGUGUGGUUCAAAUAUGCUUUACUCUAGCAACAAGUUUAUCCCUCUUAAUUAUCCAUUCAAGGGCCUUUUAAACUCAAGGACCUUGGAGAUGUCAAAAUAAUUGUGAGGUGGGAUUUAAUUGAUGCUCAGUACUUCUGACUCAUUUUGCUUUUAGGCUGUAUUGGUGAGUGUUGAGCCUUCUAAAUAGAUGCUAAACUGAGAUACAUGAAAAUGGAUUUAGAAGGGCAAUUUUAAUGUUAAAUAUACCUCCAAGAUUUGAUAUCAGUGCCCUCCAUAAUGAAUGUCUGAUACAUUGGGUACUUCUCACAGGUAAAGCAUCUUUUGAUCAGGAAAGAUCUCAGAAUGGUUAAUGAAUACUGCAUAAAUCUGUCCAGCCCUCUUACAUGGAAUCUGCUCUCACAACCAAAGCAUGAUAUACAUGGGAGAAAGACUAAAAUCAAUGGUGCUGAUGAGAAAAUAGGAUCAGAGUGAGUAUGAAUUUUUUCAUUUUUCUCUUUGAAGAUUUGCAUACUUAAAUUUUACUAUGACUGCUGCAAAACAUGUUUUUUGUAAACUAAAAUGUAAAGUAUGUGUAGUUCUUUCAGUCCUGGAUAGUCUCAUCUAUGUACUUGAAUCACAAAAACAAAUCCUGCAAAUUUAUGUUUGAUUAAAUCUGUGCUAGAAAAUGAACAAUUUCCCAAUUCCAAUUGGUCCAGUUGCUAACUUCAGUCUGAUCCUAAAGAACUGAGAAGACCAGAGCAAAUCCUGGCAAGUAUUUCACCUAUACUGCCUUUUCAUUUCAAUUUUUAGGCUGAAAAUAAUAAUUUCUGUCGAAACUUGCCAGAAAAUACCAAACACAAUGCUCCAUAGGAUCUGCGGGUUAUCCCAUGAGCAGGUAGUCUCUUCAAACCUCUUGCUAACAUUGGCACGUGACAGAGAUAGCAUUUGCUUAGCAGAAAAUUCAGGUAGAACAUGUUUGUUUUACUAUUGAGUCAUAUCUCAUGCUAUUGGGAGUGCCUGUAGGAUGGUGUAAGUUCUUUUUAUGAUGGAUGCCACUGCUGUAUCUAAGUGCAAUAAACUGAGCUUCAUGG